UUCUUUGACUUUUCAACCUCUUUCUUUCUUUUUUUUUUUUGCUUGGUCAAAAUAUCCAAAUAGUACAGAAUUUGCGGAGGAGGAUGAUUCGGGUGUGUACUCAGAGUCUGCGUAGAAUUUGAACAAUCCCAACGUUUAAUAGUCAAUGAAAAUGUGCUCCAGCGAAGACAACGGUUCUUGAUCAAAAGGAGGUUGAACUCAACAGAAAAUCUUGUUCAUCUGUUCUUGAUCCGCCGAAAGUGCAGAAUCAACCGACCCGCCGAGCUCGUAUGGCUCAUUCAGUCAAUCUUAUUAUGCGACUUAUGAUGGCAUCGUGCUCUUGCUUGGUCUUCUUCUUCCUACUUCCGGCAAGACAUAUAGCCAGCGGCGCGGUUCACAAUAUUACUACGUCGGAGCCGCUCUUUCAGAACCAAACUCUCGUGUCCUCAGGCCAAACGUUCGAUCUUGGGUUCUUCACGCCGGAUGGGUCAAAAAAUCAGUAUGUUGGCAUAUGGUUCAAGAACUUGACGCCUUCUAAAAUCGUGUGGGUUGCCAAUCGGGAUUCGCCGCUCGCGUCGGCAGAUCGGUCUGCGAAAUUAUCGAUAGGCAGUGAUGGGAAUUUGAAGCUCGUGGAUGGACAACAGAACAUAGUUUGGUCCACCAAUGUUUCUGUCCAGUCAAAUUAUACAGCAGCAAUGCUUUCAGAUGGUGGAAACUUUGUUCUACAAGACAGAAAUUCUAUUGAAUUAUGGGCAAGCUUUGAUGAUCCAACUGAUACAAUUCUACUAAACAUGAAGAUAGGACUAAACGCUAGAACCGGAGAGAGACGGUAUUUAGUUUCCUGGAAAAACAACAACGAUCCAUCGUCUGGAAAUUUCACCACUGGGAUUACGUCGGAGACUCCGCCGCAACUUUUCACUUGGAAUGGCUCGACCUCUUAUUGGAGAAGUGGACCAUGGGAUAAAUCGACAUUCAGCGGCAUACCAGAAAUGAAAUCCUCAUACUAUAGCGGGUUCGAUCUCAAGCAAGAUCCUCAGCAGGGAACCACUUAUUACUCUGUCGAUUCUAAUAACAACUCUUUUCUUGCUUAUGGCUUCAUUUCACCCGAAGGAAUUCUAGCAGUAAUGAUAUGGGAUUAUGGAUCCGAGAGUUGGUUGAAAAAUUGGGCAGCACCGAGCAACAGUUGCGAAGUUUAUGGAACUUGCGGUCCUUUUGGCGUCUGCAACGCCCUUAACUCUCCUAUCUGCCGUUGUGUAAAGGGGUUUAUGCCGAGAGUGAAAGAAGAAUGGAGCAAAAGGAAUUGGACCAGGGGGUGCAUUAGAGAAACAGAUUUGGACUGUCAGAACACAAGCAGGUCGGCUUUGACGCAGGUGAAGAAAGAUGUCUUUGUACCCAUGAACCAGAUGAAAGUGCCUGAUUCUGCGGAAUAUUUAUCAAAGAUUAAAGAUGUAGGGGGAUGCCAAAGCUGGUGCAUGAAUAAUUGUUCUUGCUUGGCUUAUUCGUAUAUCCACCCAGUAGGGUGUUUGGUCUGGGCUAAAGAUCUCAUCGAUUCAGAGGAGUUUUCAACAGAUGGGCAGGAUGUAUAUAUUUGGGUCGCACAUUACAAUACAGGCAUGUCGACACAAGCAAAACUUAUCAUCAGCAUAAGUACCAUGCUUGGCAUCGUGUCUGUAGGAACUGCUAUUUUUGGUCUCUGGAAGUGGAGAGCCAGUAAAAGAGGUAUAACUGAUAAAACAGGAGAAAUGUCUCUUGGAAAUGCAUGGAAAGAUCAGCUGAAGCAAGACGAUGCAUCCGAAUUUACACUGUUCAGUUUUAGUAGCUUACUUCUUGCAACUAACAACUUUGAUGCAACAAAUAAACUUGGCCAAGGAGGGUUUGGACCCGUUUAUAAGGGAAUGCUGAAUAAUGGAAAGAAGAUAGCUGUCAAAAGACUUUCCAGUAGCUCAGGCCAAGGCAUGGAGGAGUUUAAGAAUGAGAUCGUUCUAAUAUCGAAACUUCAGCGUCGAAAUCUGGUCAGACUCAUGGGUUGCUGCAUCGAAGGAGAGGAGAAGAUUUUAGUAUACGAAUACUUGUCAAACAAAAGCUUAGACUCCUUUCUAUUUGAUUCAAAAAGGAAAGCAGAACUCAACUGGGAUACACGUUUCCGCAUCAUUCAAGGGAUCGCGAGUGGGCUUCUGUAUCUGCAUCGCGAUUCUUGCCUUCGCGUUAUCCAUCGAGAUUUGAAGGCAAGCAAUAUUCUCAUGGAUGAGAAAAUGAACCCAAAAAUUUCGGACUUUGGGCUGGCACGGAUCUUUGAAGGCACUCAAGUUUUGCUAAAUACUCACAAAGUUGUAGGAACACUGUUAGUUUUCAAGCCUUCUUGCUGGAAUUAUCAAGUCAAUUAGGAAACUCUACAACACAAUUACGAAACUCUAUAACUUGAUUGAUUAACAUGAAAAUCAAUUGCAGAGGAUACAUGUCUCCUGAGUACGCCAUGGGAGGGAUAUUUUCUGAGAAAUCCGAUAUCUAUAGCUUUGGGGUGUUGCUACUUGAGAUCAUCGCUGGCAAAAAGAACACAAGCUUUUACUACCGUGGCCAGCAUU